UCCAUGAUAAUUCUUUCGAGAAAUAUAAUCCAACUUUUAAUGUUUUACGUGAUUUGAACCGUGAGAAGCAAUGCGUUUAGUUGAAUCUGCUGCAAAGGUCUAGAUUCGUCUCUCGCUUUGUUGAUGUGUCCGUGUAGUUGCUGGAUUUGGAUUACUUUGUAUUUCAGGAUAUAGCUAGAGUUGUUUUGGAAUUGGUAUUUUUCAGUGCAGUUGUGUUUUAGAGGACUUUCCUAAUAUAUUUUGAGGGGUAAUUGAUGCAUCAUUACCAUAGGGGAGGAGUUAUGGUUGACCUAUACUUUUUGUUUUAGUUUCCGAUUGGAAACUAACACGAUCGAGAUUGUGAUUUUGAUUAUCUGAUUGGUGGUUUGGUAUGAUUUUGGAGUUCCAUUAUCCUAAGGACGUUAGGUUGAGUUCUAACCAAUGCUAGUUGAAAUUGUUUGAAUUUUGUGUGAUAUUUGUGGGUGAUGAAAUCGGAUGACAGCUUAUAAUUUUCAUAGCUCUUGGAGGUUGAGGUUGAAGGAAAUAGCUAGCACAUUGUCGAGAUCACCAUUCAACUGGUUACUCUUGUUUCUUGUCAGUGUCUUGGUGGUAAUAGCAUUGCUAGGAUCAUCCUCAAGUACCUUUAAUUCAGUCACUUCCUCUGUGAAGAAUGAUAUAUACACGAAUUACAGAAAGCUAAAGGAGCAAGCAAGAAGCGAUUAUUUAGAGCUAAAAAGCCUUGCUGUGGGAGAAAAUCAGAUAAAGGAUGUUGGUGUUUGUGGUAAGGAAAGAGAAAAUUAUGUGCCUUGCUACAAUGUGUCUGCAAAUAUUCUAGCUGGGCUUAAAGAUGGCGAGGAGUUAGAUCGGCAUUGUGAGUUAUCACAAGAACGUCAAUAUUGUCUGAUUCGUCCACCUAAGGACUAUAAGAUCCCUUUGUCUUGGCCAGCAGGAAGGGAUGUUAUAUGGAGUGGAAAUGUGAAGCUUACCAAAGAUCAGUUCCUUUCUUCUGGAAGCAUUAUGAAAAGGCUAAUGUUACUAGAAGAAAAUCAAAUUGCUUUCCAUUCACAAGAUGGGAUGAUGGUUGAUGAUGUCAAAGAUUACUCUCACCAAAUUGCAGAGAUGAUUGGGCUGGGAAGUGACACAGAAUUCCUUCAAGCUGGUGUGCGUACUGUACUAGAUAUUGGUUGUGGCUUUGGUAGCUUCAGUGCCCACCUACUCUCGCUGAACUUGAUGGCUCUUUGUGUAGCAGCUUAUGGGUCAUCUGGUAGCCAUGUUCAGGUAGCACUUGAGAGAGGCCUUCCUGCAGUCAUCGGAAACUUUAUUUCAAAACAGCUACCAUUUCCAUCAUUGUCCUAUGACAUGGUUCAUUGUGCUCAAUGUGGAGUUAUUUGGGACAGCAAAGAUGGACUGUUUCUUAUUGAAAUUGACCGUGUACUCAAGCCUGGAGGUUAUUUUGUUUUGACCUCAUCCACAACCCAGCAGCAGGGUAGUUCAACCGGUGCAAAGAAGGGAAUCAUGCCUACUCCUUUGGAAGAGUUCACUAAGAAUCUCUGUUGGUCUCUUUUGGAACAGCAAGACGAAACUUUCAUCUGGCAGAAAACGGUUGAUUCCCAGUGCUACACAUCUGGCAAGCAGGAUACUAUACCAAUUUGUAAAGGACAGGAUAUGCAACUGUACUACCAGCCACUUGCACAUUGUAUAUCUGGAACAGGCAGUGAUCGAUGGGUUCCAAUUCAUAGCAGAUCUGAUUCUAUGAACUCCACUGAGCUCAAAGUUCAUGGAGUUUAUCCUGACAAUUUCUUUGAGGAUUCAGAAUUCUGGAAAUCAGCUGUCCGAAACUAUUGGUCUUUGCUGUCACCCUUGAUUUUCUCUGACCAUCCAAAGAGGCCAGGUGAUGACGAUCCAUUGCCUCCGUAUAAUAUGGUGCGGAAUGUCUUGGACAUGAAUGCUCAUUAUGGGGGUUUAAAUGCCGCAUUGUUGGAGGCAGGAAAGUCAGUCUGGGUGAUGAAUGUUGUGCCUCUUGGGGUGCAUAAUACACUUCCUCUGAUACUUGAUCGAGGCUUUGCUGGCGUUUUGCAUAACUGGUGUGAACCCUUUCCUACAUAUCCACGAACAUACGAUUUGCUCCAUGGUAGUGGACUUCUUUCGCACCUUGAAUCACAAGGAUGCAGUAUAGUUGAAGUGCUUUUUGAGAUGGACCGCAUCUUACGGCCAGAGGGAUGGAUUAUUCUCUCUGAUAAAUUGGGCCCUAUAGAGAAAGUGCGGAUGGUAGCAACUCAAAUGCGCUGGGAAGCCAGAGUGGUUGACCUCCAGAAUGGAAGUGACCAACGGCUACUCGUAUGCCAAAAAUCAUUCGUGAGAAAGUGAUCAUCUUGUAGUGGAAUUCACAAUUCAAUGAUUAGCCACUCCUUGUCCCCAUGCCACAAGCUGCACGGCCACGUCUCAAUCUUGACAUCCUUUUAGAUGGAUAAUAUGGUGGCCUCAAAGGCGGAAUUAUAAUUUUUUGGAAUCUGUAGUUUGCUGGAAUAGAGACAGCAGAGAGAGAAGAAUUUCCCCUUGGAAAAGAUUCAUGUAGCAAUUCAUUCAGUACUAUUUUUCUUUCCUUUUUUCAGUUAAUUAACAUAUUUUUUUCAAUUUGUAACUCAAUAUUGUGUAGCGAAGAAUCACCUUCUGUCAAAGCAAGAGAUUUUUGUCACAAAAUUUCAGUGGACAUCUUCAUUGCCAUAUUUCUACGUCUUGAGGGAAGUGCUUGACAAUUCAGAAUCUCUUCAUCAUCUUUCACCAUUCACUAAAGUAAAAGUUCUUGGAUUGCCGUUAUGUAUAUUCUGCAGAUUAGGUUCCAAGUGCAACUACCA